UAUCGAAACAUCCCUCCCUAUGUUAGAAAUCCAUGCUUAUAAUUAUAUGAAAUCAUUUCUGAUCUGAUCUGCAUCAACGAUUCUUUGUUUACACAAUUGUAAAUACAAGUAAUUUCAAUUCAAGAAAAGGGUGGGAUUACAAAUUGAUCUUUCCAACUUCACAGACCUUAAUCAAAACACAAGCGCAAUUAUCGUCCAGAAACAUAUCUUUAACAAAGAACUCGUCGAAUCCUUAAAGCCUGACAUUUCCUUUUUAUUCAGUAAAAUGGCCAGCGAGACAAAUGGGAAUGGAGCUGAAGCCUUACCCCGUAGACAAGCUCCGCGCUUAAAUGAGAGGAUCCUCUCAUCUUUGUCAAGGAGAUCAGUGGCUGCUCAUCCUUGGCAUGACCUUGAGAUUGGACCUGAUGCACCUGAAAUCAUAAAUGUUGUGAUCGAGAUACCAAAAGGGAGUAAAGUGAAAUAUGAACUUGACAAGAAAACUGGUCUGAUCAAGGUUGAUCGUGUAUUGUAUUCUUCAGUGGUGUAUCCCCACAAUUAUGGUUUCAUUCCCCGAACACUAUGCGAAGACAAUGACCCAAUGGAUGUAUUAGUUCUUAUGCAGGAGCCUGUUGUACCUGGCUGUUUUCUUCGCGCCAGGGCCAUAGGAUUAAUGCCUAUGAUUGAUCAGGGAGAGAAAGAUGACAAGAUCAUUGCAGUAUGUGCAGACGAUCCUGAGGUUCGCCACUAUACUGAUAUCAGCCAGCUUCCACCUCACCGUCUUCAAGAAAUCCGCCGUUUCUUUGAAGAUUACAAGAAGAAUGAGAACAAGGAGGUAGCAGUGAAUGAGUUUCUACCUUCAUCUACUGCUACAGAAGCUAUCCAAUACUCCAUGAAUCUUUAUGCUGAGUACAUCUUGCAUACCUUGAGGAAGUAGAUGAAAUGCACGAUGUAAUUCAAUGUUGGGGAUAUACCUAGCUAAAGGAAGAUUUGAAGUUUCUAGACGCAUUUGGUUUCUUUUCCAGACAGAGUAUUAACAGAGACUGUAGGGGGAAAAAAUUAAUUUUCUAUUCUUGUUUUGCGAAAUUUAUCUUAUUCUGGUUGACAUUUGUUUUUGUUUUUUUUUUUUUCACGUUGAUUCUAUUCUAUUCUUUUCGUGAGUUUGGAUUUUAUUGUAAUUUUUGAGUUACAACUAAUGGGGUAUUGUCAAUUUCAAUUCUUCUCA